AUGAUGGCGUGUCGCACAGCGCUCUUCCAGGUGAUGAACUGGGAUGUGGACACAAUGCCGUAUUGGAAACACACGAUUGUCGCGGCUUCCUUUGCGACGGGGUCGUUCGUUCUUGGCCUCUUCGUGCCAAACGUCAGCAUGGUCUUCGGUCUCGCUGGUGCCCUCUGCGGCAGCUUUAUCGGCUUCAUCUUCCCGGCCCUCUUCGUGAUGUACGCAGACAACUGGUCGCUGAAAUCCAAAGGCAUCUUGAUGUAUGCCGCCACGUACACACUACUUAUUUGUGGCGUCAUCGGUAUCGUGUUCGGCACCACGAGUACCAUCUACGGAAUGGUGCAGUAGAGGGAGAAAAGAGCUUAGACACAUAGAGUGUGGAUGCUGUGAUAUGCUAGCAAGCAACUGAAACCCUUUCCGCUACUGGCGUGUAACGGUGCAUGCGUGUGUGUGUUUCUACAGAGAGUCAUAGGGUUCUCUGCCAUGGAGGGCACUCCUCCGACAUAUUCUACUGACUACUUAUAUGCAUAUAAAUGCAUCUGAGGUAGUGAUAUAUAUCACAUCAGUAGUAUUUUAUGAUCAGUCCACAUGAAUCUGGUAAUGGAUAUCUCAUGGUUAGGACUUCUCUCUUUUUUUAUUCUUUUUUCUUUUUCCAAUGUUGAUCGGCUGCUAAAGCAAAAAUAUAUAUACCCAAGAAUGUAAGUUCUCAAUGGGCCUACAUCAGUGUGAAGUCUUCUACUUUCUAUCGCUGAUACUAUAUAAUUGUUUUUAGAGAAUAUUGAAGGAAAAUCCGAAUAUUAACCCUUAAAAACUCAGCGUUCCGGAAUCAGAUCGGUCGGAUACUCCUUUGAAAUGGAGUAUGUAUAUAACUAUAUAUGCUAGAAUAUAUAUAUAUAUAUAUAUCUCGCUAACAGAUCUCUGUGCUUAAACGGUAAAUAUUUUCAAUAAAAAUA